AUGAAGGCCUCGACUGCUGCUGCUGCUGCUGCUGCUGCUCCCGAGGCUGACGCUGAAGAGGAGAUGGAAACCCAGCUGGCCAAUCUCAGCCGUGGGCCCAAUCCUCUACGAGGCAUCCCAACCUUCCCCUCCUUCCACGAGCACCGCAAGCACAUUGUGCUGCACAUGGCCGCCGUCUUCCGCAGCUGGGCCCGCAACGGCUACACCGAGGGCAUCUCGGGCCACAUCUCGGUCCGCGACCCCGAGUUCCCAGACCUCAUCUGGAUGAACCCCAUCGGCAAGCACUUUGCCCUCAUGAAUGCCAGCGACAUGAUUUGCUUGCGCAUCAGCGACGGCGAGAUUGUCGGCGGAAAUCGGACCCGUCCUGUAAACAACCCGGGCUACUACAUCCACUCGGAAGUGCACAAGGCGCGCCACAACAUCCACGCAAUCUGCCACGCGCACACCAUCGCCGGCCGCGCCUGGUGCGCCUUUGGCAAGCCCCUCGACAUGAUCACCCAGGACAUCUGCGACCUGUACGGCGUCCUGGCCGUGGACACGGAGUACGCGGGCAUCGUGACGGCCGAGCAAGAAGGGAAACAGAUUGCCAAGGCGCUGGGACCCCGGGGCAAGGCGGCGCUGCUCAUCAACCACGGCAUCAUCACCGUCGGGCAGACGGUCGACGAGGCGGCGUUUCUGCUGGGGCUCGUGGAGAGGAGUUGUGAGAUCCAGUUGAAGGUGGAGGCUGCGUGUGCGGGGAACCCGGGGUUGAAGAAGAGUAUUAUUCCGCAUGAGCUUGCGAUGAAUAAUUUUAGGAUGGCGGGGGAGAAGCAUUGGUUGUAUGAGGAGGCGCAGCCGGAUAUUCAGCUGGAGAUUGAGUUGGCGGGCGAGGUUAUUUCGAGGGGGCUGGAUGAUGUCAAGAUUGAUACACCUUGA